ACUGUGGCUCUUUUGUUCAUUCAGGGGGGCUGCAAAGCUAUUUUCUUGCUUGACUGGAGAUGGAAGUACCAGGAGCAACUUCCACACAAGGCUCAGUACGUGGACCGCUUUAGCAUGAUCUCAAAAGAGCUUUUUACGUAAUUACUUUGUUGCAUCUGAGGCUAGUGGCUACUCAUUUCCAAUUAACUGGUUGCCUGAAAGCCCAGGAUGGCGGCGCUGGAUUGGGAGAGCUGGUGGAAGUCGCCCAAUCUUUGGGCCUGGGCGGGGCAUCACCGUGGAGAAGCACAGGGUCGGAGAAGAUCUGGAGAUGAGGGAUACAGGGAGUACCCGAAGAACCAGGCCGAGGCCCGGGUCCGGGGUUCGAGGCCGCGAAGCUGCAUAGAGGGGGCUGUAGGGGAGCUGGAAGGGUGGCUACAGCCCCCGGGGAGGAGGAACAGCACCUCUCCUCAAAGUGCCGGGCAGUUCCUCUCUGAAAAAACCGUGUCUGUCCUGGAUUUGGCACCCAACUCGGCAGGUGCCUGGAGAGGCACGAGCCGCCGGCCACCCAGCCCAUGUGACACCCCCCAAGGUGACACAGAGUUCCUAUCGGCUAGGUGGCAGCGCCGAAAUACGGAGCCCUUAGGGUGCUGGGAGACCGCCCGCGUAAAGGAUCUCCCCAGCCGCCAGACGGCCAGGUCCUGCUCUAUGACCCCCAUUAAAAGCGACUGGCUACCCAGCCAGAAGAGGGCGGCAGUGUGCAGUAUCCCCGGCCGCCCCACCCCUACCGAGGAGCCGCGCUGCUGGGCCGCAUUGAAUCCUAACACUUCCUCUGGAUUCCCUCAAGCUCUCCCAAGAAAGCAUGGUUUCCGACAUACAGGUGAAGAGAUGGUGGGAUCGCAUCCCCGGUGGCGCGGGCCGGCCACUGCGCCGGGUCUGGCUGCAGUCCGAACCGACCAGGUAUGGGAGGGGAGCCCCGCUUCAGCGGGGAGUCAUUUUCAACUAGGCCUGGAGGGUCAGCUGAAGGAGCGGCAGGGAAUUUGGCAGGGCGCCCCCCUGAGGGCGGGUGAGGCAGUGCUCUCAGAUGGCUACUCUCUCCGUGGAAUGGCUAGCGCACCUGGGCACUCAGCCGUUGUAGUGCCACCUGCUGUCGGCGCUGCGAAUCGCCCCAAGUCAAGGUCAGGUUUCUCCUCAAUCACGAUCGCCUCUCGGAAGGUGCCCCUUUCAACUGGCACCCCGGGCACAAGCCAGCCCAUCAUGUCUGGAAGGUCCACCCCCACCGGACCGCCAUCCGACACCCCCGUGGACCCCUCCAGGCCACCGGUCACCCGUCAGAGAAAGGCGACUAUCAUCAAGGUGACAGGUCGCAGGCAAAGCCUCCCUGCGGGGCAGCCGCUCGCUGCCAUGCGUCCGCCCGCAUUCCGGCACAGCCACGCCGGGUGGGGAGAUGAACAAAACGACUCGUCACCCUGGCAUGGUGUUUGGGCCGGUGCCCCCCCAGAGGCGUUGGUACCCCCUGCCCACCCCACCCUGUUCCUGAGUAACCCAGACGUCUCACAGGAGGGCAAACCGACGGUACACAGGUCUACCUUAUCCCUUUACCUAAAGAGCCCUAUUGGUAGAGGGUCAGCCCUGGAAGGGAAGGAGAUGGAGGCCUCAGUCCGGCCCAGGAGACCCCUGAGCUUUGCCGGGGGGCUCGGACUCAGCGGCAGUGACCCGUAUGAGGCAGAAAUGCUGCAUCCGAGGCGAGGCAGCCUUCAGCUUCCUGCGCAUGGCGGGACAGGCCGCAGCUUGAACACACUCGCUUCUGCGGCGGGACUGUCAUGCAGCGCGGCGGCCUGCACUUCCAUGCAACCCCACAGCUCUGCUGAAAAGGCUCUCGCUGAUGCCCGAGAUCGUGGCGCAUACCAGAGUCCAGAUGUCGCCUUGAGUGCCGCCAUGGUUAUAGCUAACAUAAAACGGCAGAGUCGGCUGAGGAAGAUGGUAGCUGGUGCCCAGGCCGAGGGCUCGGAGGCGACCCCCCGCACCACCUGCACUCUGGGUCUGGGGUUCCCUGGCGCAGACCACUCUGGAUCCCGCCCAGAAGUGGAAGAUGCUGGGAGUGACCGGACGACCGGGGAGGUGCUUGUUCCACCCCACCCUGAGCUGCGGGACAGCCGUCAGAAAGACCUCACCCUGCAAGAGGCCCUGCAGCGCUUCCGGCCCGAUUUCAUUCGUCGCUCCCGUAUCCGGCAGAAGGAGCUGGAGCAGCGUGUCAUGGAGAGACGGGCUCAGCGAAGUCCAGAUCCCGCUUCGACCUUGGGCCGCGGUGACGCCAGACCCAGUGCGCUCCGCGGCAACCCUCGGAAGCCCCAGCAAGGAGCCAUCGGGGGCGAGAAGGUGCUUCAUUCGUGCAGAAGACGCCCGUCUGAAACGAAGAAGAAGGGAGAGGAAGCGGAAAAAAAGAGAGUGAUGACGCAGACCAACAGGAUGAGGGCAGAGAUUUUUAAAAAGAAGUUACUGGAUCAGAUUCUUCGGAGGAAGAGUGACUGAAAGGUCCUGGAGACGGACUGCUGCUACGGACACCCUCCCCAAAGAGCUGAUUCAGCUCUGCCCCCACCACCACCACCCCCUGCUCAGAUCAAACCGGUUUCACCUGCAAGCCAUUCAGGAUUCCCUUUGAAAACCCAGCCCCUUAAGAUGCGGUCCAUUCACGCGGCUGUCGGCCAGCCGCAGCUCCUCGAUCGCUUGUACCUCUUAAGGAGCCAUUUCGUGUGAUUAGGGGUGAGACGCCGGUAGGCGCGUGCAAAGGGAGACGCACUCAGGAGGGGACAUUAAAGGCCCGCAUGGAGCUAAUGACACUUUAUCAGCCAAUCCCAUCACUCCCUUUGUGUCGCCGCUCGCUUGCUGUAGCCUUUAGCAUCAUGCGGACUCUGGCUUUAGAUACAGGCAGAUCAAGGGGAGUUUUAAGGGAGCGCGACCACAGAGAAGGAUCAGACCAGCUCGCCAAUGUCCCCAAAGUCUAUCGUGCUGCCAGCAGCUCUGCAAGCCCAAUGAUGGCACCUUAUUGUAAUGCUAUGUGAUAGUUAGUAGUUAGGGGUGACAUGGUGGUGCAGUGGUUGGCCCUGUUGCCUUGCACCUGCUGAGGCCAGGGUUCGAGGCUUGGCUACGGGUCCGCAUUUUUUGGAGUUUGCAUGUUCUCCCUAUAUCAUCAUGCGGUUUCCUCUGGGUAUUCCACUCCUCCUCCCCCCCCCGUCCCGCCCACACACUCAAAUAAACAUGCUGAGGCUAGUGGAGUUACCAAAUUGCCCGUAGGUGUGAGUCAAUGGUAUGUGAGUUUGUCCUGCGAUGGGUUGGUGCCCCAUCCUGGGUUGGUCCCUCUCUUGCAGGGAACCCUGCAUAGGUCAAGCGGUUACAGAAAAUGCAUGGAUGGACAGCUUGUACUUGUUCCUGUUGCCCUGCAAGGAGCACAUUGCACUAAUAAUGUAAAGGUCGUGGGGUCGAGUCCAGCAGAGCACACAUAAAAUUUGACCCUUCCUUCAACUGUAAGUUACUCUGGAUGAAGGGGUUGGACGAAUGCAAUUUAAAACGUCUGGCUUAUCAGUGCUGUGUUACAACACCGUGAUUUCGUAAUGGCAAGGAAUGUAACCAACUUGGGUUCAGCCAGAUUAGAACGGUUGGGUUUCUAGGCUCUGCAAAGCGAGGAUCUUCUUGAUAUUUAUAAGGAUGAUGAAAUAAGUCAAUAUACACAAAUAUCUGGUAGAAAUCCGCUCCACGUUGCAUAGCGCUUUUGUGCAAUGCUUCAUACUGUUCAAAGAUUACUUCCUAAUGUUGAUCUUAUAAGAGCGUAGCAUGUCAACAGACUUACGCAAAAAAAACGUGGUCUUUUCAGAUGUAUCUGUAUUAAAGUUUGUUUUGACAGAUCUCUGGUUGCAGAUUCCUGUGCCGGACUGGCAUGCCAGCUAAGGAGUCCCCAGCCUCAUGCCCUGUAUAUCCUGGGCUUAGGGGUUCUGAA